GCGGGCACUGAGGGGGGCGUGCAGGUAAGCCGACAAGCCGGGGGUUGCGGGCAUGGCCGAGGCCAGGAAGCGGCGGGAGCUGCUUCCCCUGAUCUACCAGCAUCUGCUGCAGGCGGGCUUUGUGCGCGCGGCGCGGGAAGUGAAGGAGCAGAGCGGCCAGAAAAGUUUCCUGACUCAGCCUGUAACCCUUCUGGACAUCUACACACACUGGCAACAAACCUCGGAGAUUGGCCAGAAGCGGAAGGCAGAGGAAGAUGCAGCCCUGCAGGCCAAGAAGACCCGCGUGUCAGACCCCAUUACCAGCUCCGAGAGCUCAGAAGAGGAGGAGGAGGUGGCGCAGGAGGCAGAAGCAGGAACCACCAAAGCCAUCCCGGCACUAGCAUCUACCAACUCCUCAGCCACGGGGAUGGUUUUGCCUUCAAGUGUGAAAGAAAAAGCCAAGGCAAAGACCAAGAAAGCCAGCAAGACAGUGAACUCCACGGCACACCCUGCUUCCGGGAAGGCAGUGGCCCACCUCCUCACCAGGAAGUCACCCCAGAAGGCGGCAGGGCCCUCGGCAAAUACCAUCCUGGUCUCAGAAACUGAGGAGGAGGGCGGUGUCUCGGCCCUCAGAACCACUGCCAAGCCUGGAAUGGCGGCCGCCAGCCAGGCCGCCAGCUCCAGCGAAGACACCUCCGGCUCGAGCAAUGAGACGGACGUGGAGGUGAAACCUGCAGUAAAACCACCACAGGUCAAAGCCUCGGCAGCUGCGGCCAAGGAGUCUCCAAGGAGAAGGGCAGCCCUGACCCCAGGGAAGGCGGGAUGUGUGACACCCCAAGUCAGAGGGGGUGCCAUGACCCCAGCCAGCAGGGCCAAGAAGCCAGAAGAGGUCUCAGAGAGCAGCGAGGAGUCCGAGAGUGAAGAGGGGGCCCCUGCGGGGACACCCAGCCAGGUGAAGGCCUCCCAGAAAACUGUCCAGGUCAGAGCUGCCUCGGGUCCUGCCAAGGGGACCCCUGGGAAAGGGGCCACCCCAGCACCCCCUGGGAAGGCAGGGAGGCCAGAGGAGGACUCGGAGAGCAGCAGCGAGGAGUCAGACAGUGAGGAGGAGACGCCAGCUGCCCAGACCCUGCUGCAGGCAAAGCCCUCAGGGAAGCUCCCCCAGGUCAGAGCCACCACAGCAGCACCUGCCCAGGUGCUUUCCCCUGGGAAGGGGGCCCCUCCAGCACCCCGUGGCAAGGCAGGGCCUGCAGCCAUCCAGGCCCAGACCAGGGGGCAGGAGGAGGACUCAGAGAGCAGCAGCGAGGAGUCAGACAGCGAGGGGGAGGCGUCCACAGCCGUGCCCCACACCACGAGCCUGGCUCAGGCAAAGCCCUUGGGGAAAAACUCCCAGGUCAGAGCUGCCUCAGCCGCAAGCACGGGGCCCUCAGCGAAGAGCGCUGUCCCAGCACUCCCUCAGAAGGCAAGGGCUGUAGCCGCCCAGGUGGCAAAGUGGGAGGAGGACUCGGAGAGCUGCAGCGAGGAGGAGUCGGACAGCGAGGGGGAGGCGCUGAGAACAGCAGCCUUGACCCAGGCAAAGUCCUCGGGGAAAGUCCUGCAGGUCAGACCUGCCUCAGGUCCCACCCAGGGCCCCCCUCAGAAGGCCGGGCCUGCAGCCGCCCAGGUCAAGACCCAAAGGUCCAAGGAAGACUCGGAGAGCAGUGAGGAGGAGUCAGACAGUGAGGACGAGGCCCCCACAGCCAAAACUCCAGCCCAGGCAAAAUCAGCUGUGAAAACUUCUCAGACCAAGGUCUCCCCAAGGAAGGGCACCCCCAUUACACCCGCAUCUGCCAAGGUCCCACCAGGGCAAGUAAGCGCACCAGCCCCCUGGAAAGCAGGAACGGUGACUUCGCCCGCCUGCACAUCAUCCCCAGCCGUGGUCAGGGGCACCCAGAGGCCAGAGGAGGACUCUUCAAGCAGCGAGGAGCCGGAGAGCGAGGAGGAGGCGGCUCCUGCCACAUCUGUGGGACAGGUGAAGUCUGUAGGGAAAAGCCUCCCGGUGAAAGCUGCCUCAGCGCCCACCAAGGGGCCCUCAGGGCAACGGACCACUCCAGGGCUCCCUGGGAAGGCAGGGCCUGCCGUGGCCCAGGUCAAAGCUGAGGUGCAGGAAGACUCAGAGAGCAGUGAGGAGGAGUCAGACAAUGAGGAGGCGGCCUCAGCUGCAGCACAGGUGAAGACCUCAGUGAAAACCACUCAGACCAAAGCCAACCCAGCUGCCACCAGAGUGGCUUCAGCCAAAGGGGCAGCAUCAGCUCCUGGAAAAGGGGUUUCUGCAGCUGCUCAAGCCAAAGUGGGGUCCCCAGCCAAGGUAAAGCCACCAGCAAGAGCCCCCCAGAGCAGUGCCGUCUCGGGCAGGGGCCAGUUGUCUGUGCCGGCUAUGGGGAAGGCACUGGCUGCAGCAGCCCAGGCCCAGCUGGGGCCGGUCGGGGGCCCACAGGAGGACUCGGAGAGCAGUGAGGAGGAGUCGGACAGUGAGGGAGAGGCGCCCGCUCAGGCGAAGCCCUCAGGGAAGACCCCCCAGGUCAGAACUGCCUCAGCCUCCGCCAAGGGGUCCCCCAGGAAAGGCGCUGCCCCAGCACCCUCUGGGAAGGCAGGAGCCCCAGCCGCUCAGGCCGGGAAGCAGAAAGAGGACUCGGAGAGCAGCAGCGAGGAGGAAUCAGACAGUGAUGGGGAGACGCCAGCAGCUGUGCCCCCAGCCCAGAAGGAGGGUAACUCCAAAACUGCCAGAAGCAAGACCCUGGCCCCAGCGCCCCCGGAGAAGAAGGCAGAGGGGUCCUCAACCAGCAGUGAUGAGCUGCCAGCGAGACAGGUGAUUAAAACCCCUCUGAUUUUUGUCGACCCUAAUCGUAGUCCAGCUGGCCCAGCUGCUACCCCCGCCCAAACCCAGGCUACAAGCACCCCGAGGAAGGCCCAGGCCUCAGAGAGCACACCCAGGAGCUCCUCUGAGAGUGAGGAUGAGGACGUGAUCCCCGCUACGCAGUGCUUGACUCCUGCCAUUAGGACCAGCGUGGCAACUGUGCCCACGGCCCACCCCAGGGCAGCCCUCAGAGCCAGCAUGGUGGGGGCCGGCAGCAGUGAGGACACCAGUCGGGUGUCUGAAGGCAAGAAACAGGAGACGCCAGCCACUCAGGUGACAAAGAGGAACCCAGCUCACCUCCCGCUGACCCAGGCUGCCCUGAAGGUCCUUGCCCAGAAAGCCAGUGAGGCCCAGCCUCCUGCUGCCAGGACCCUGUCUUCAAGUGGGACUGACAGUGCUCGGGGAACACUGCCCAUGACGAGUCCCCAGAGCACCCCCGCGCAGGCCAGAGGGGCCAACAAGCUCAGAAAGCCUGAGGUUCCUGCAACCCAGCGGGCCAUAGCCACUCCCUCGGGACGCCCCAAGGCCAAGGCCUCUGGGACCUCAGAUGACAGCAAGGACAGCAGUGGCAGCUCUUCAGGGAGUGAAGAAGAUGCUGAGGGGCCCCAGGUGGCCCCAUUGACCCACAGGCCAGUAGGUCCAGCCCCCUCCAGGAGGGAGACGUUGGUGGAAGAGACCACAGCAGACUCCAGCGAUGAUGAGGUGGUGGCACCUUCCCAGUCUCUCCUCUCAGGUUAUGUGACCCCUGGGCUAACUCCGGCCAGUUCCCAGGCUUCAAAGGCCACUCCCAAGCCAGACCCCAACCCCUUGGUUUCCUCUACUCCGGCCACCAGAGAUGCCCCAGACGGCAAGCAGGAAGUGGAGCCCCAACAAGCAGCAGGCACCAUGUCCCCUAAAACAGGCAGAAGAGAGGCUAGCGCCACACCUCAGAAGACCGGGAAGGGGCCCAGGAGCCCCCAGGCCUCCAUGCAGGCACUGCAGAGCGACAUCACCCGGCGCCUGCUGAGCGAGCCCUGGCCCCUGAGUGAGGCGCAGGUGCAGGCGUCGGUGGCGAAGGUGUUGGCGGAGCUGCUGGAGCAGGAGAAGAAGAAGGCCGUGGGUGCGGCCAAGGAGGGCAGCCGGAAGGGCCGCCUGGGCAACAAGCGGAAGCUCUCCGAAGACCAGACAGCCGCCGGAGCCCCCAGGAGCAAGAAGAAGAAGCAGCUGGCGGCCGGGGAUGGCGGGGAGCGUGCGGUGUCCCCAGAAAAGGCCCCCAGGACUUCUAAGGGGAAAUCCAAGAGGGACAAAGCGAGUGGUGACAUCAAGGAGAAGAAGGAGAAGGAGUCUCCCGGCUCCCAGGGGGCCAAGGAGAAGCCAGAAGGGGAGCCGGGGAAGGUGAAGGGUGAGGGGGGAGACCAAGGCAACCCAAAGAGCAAGAAGGAGAAGAAGAAAGCCGACAAGAAAAAAAAAGACAAGGAAAAAAAAGAAAAGAAGAAGAAAGCAAAAAAGGCCUCAACCAAAGACCCUGACUCACCAUUGCAGAAGAAAAAGAAGAAAAAGAAGAAGACGGCAGAGCAGACUGUCUGAGGGACACCAGGCGGCAGAAGAUGAUGGCCAGCUGCGGUGUCCGUGCUGGCCAAGCCAGUGAGCCCUGCAGAAAGGCUGGUCCCGGGAGGAGGAACCACGCCCAGCUCCCGUGACCUCCACUCACUGACCCUGGCCUGACUUCUGUGCCGACAAAGGAUGCCUCGUAUGGACAUGUACAAUACAUAUAUAUAUUUUUUAAGUGACCUGCCCCUCCCUUCUCAGACCCAACAUGCCCAGAGGUCUCGGGACUUGCCACCUCUGCCCUGCAGACCCAGUGAGGCUCAGCCUGCGACUCCUUCCAUGCCCCUGGUCUCCAGCUAUGCUGAGGCUUUGUCCUUUUUGUCAGUUUUCUCCCAUUUUGUUUGUGUGUUUUUUGUAAUAACUCAGAAAAUAAAAGACGUGAAGGAAAGGUGCAAGUUCCCAUUGCAUCUGGGGCAAA